GGUUUUGGGCAGCAACCCGCAGGGAGCCCGACCGCCUCUGGCCAGGUCCGGGCAGCUGGUGGGGGAGGUUCCAGAGGUCCACGCCAUUCGUGGACGCAGUCUCUAGUGUCCUCUCCGCGUCCCACUUCACUGCCCCAUCCCCUUUCCUGCGAGAGCCUGGACUUGGAAGGCACCUGGGAGGGUGUAAGCGCCUUGGUGUGUGCCCAUCUGGGUCCCCAGAAGAGCGGCGGGAACUGCGGCCGCCCGGACGGUGCGGCCAGACUCCAGUGUGGAAGGGGAGGCAGCUGUUCUCCCAGGCGGCCGUGGGGGGCAGCAGAGGGGACGGCGACAGGUGCGGGAGCCCCUCCCGGGGUAGAAGUGGAAAGGCGGGCUCCGGGGUCUGUUCCCAGGCUGGAAACCACCCCCGCCCCCCAUCCAAAUCCCCGGGAGAGGCCCGGCCGGCGCCGGGUCUGGAGGAGGAAGCGGCCAGAGACAGUGCAAUUUCACGCGGUCUCUGUGGCUCCGGUUCCUGGGCUGGGUGGAUGAGUUAUGGGGUUUCGAGUCUGGGAGAAACUGAGGUGGCCUGGACGUGAGGCAAAAAACACCCUCCCCCUCAAAAACACACAGAGAGAAAUAUUCACAUUCUGAGAGAAAAUCCAAGUGAACCAACCGGCUAGGGGAGUUGAGUGAUUUGGUUAAUGGGCGAGGCCAACUUUCAGGGGGCAGGGCUUUGGAGAGCUUUCCACUCCCUCAUUCAUUACCCUUCCCUGGAUCUGGGGGCUUUUGGAAUCUCGACCUCCCCUUGGCCUAUCUCCUGCAGAAAAAUUAGGGUGAGCCCCAUCCUCGAUCUGCUCCGCCAAGUUGCGGGACCGCGGGGCGUGGCACGCUCGGGGCAGGCGGUCCGAGGCUCCGCAAUCCCUACUCCAGCCUCGAGCGGGAGGGGGCGCGGCCGUGACUCACCCCCUUCCCUCUGCGUUCCUCCCUCCCUCUCUCUCUCUCUCUCACACACACACACCCCUCCCCUGCCAUCCCUCCCCGGACUCUGGCUCCGGCUCCGAUUGCAAUUUGCAACCUCCGCUGCCGCCGCCGCAGCAGCCACCAAUUCGCCAGCGGUUCAGGUGGCUCUUGCCUCGAUGUCCUAGCCUAGGGGCCCCCGGGCCGGACUCGGCUGGGCUCCCUUCACCCUCUGCGGAGUCAUGAGGGCGAACGACGCUCUGCAGGUGCUGGGCUUGCUUUUCAGCCUGGCCCAGGGCUCCGAGGUGGGCAACUCUCAGGCAGUGUGUCCUGGGACUCUGAAUGGCCUGAGUGUGACCGGUGAUGCUGAGAACCAAUACCAGACACUGUACAAGCUCUACGAGAGGUGUGAGGUGGUGAUGGGGAACCUUGAGAUUGUGCUUACGGGACACAAUGCCGACCUCUCCUUCCUGCAGUGGAUUCGAGAAGUGACAGGCUAUGUCCUCGUGGCCAUGAAUGAAUUCUCUACUCUACCAUUGCCCAACCUCCGCGUGGUGCGAGGGACCCAGGUCUACGAUGGGAAGUUUGCCAUCUUCGUCAUGUUGAACUACAACACCAACUCCAGCCACGCUCUGCGCCAGCUCCGCUUGACUCAGCUCACCGAGAUUCUGUCAGGGGGUGUUUAUAUUGAGAAGAACGAUAAGCUUUGUCACAUGGACACAAUUGACUGGAGGGACAUCGUGAGGGACCGAGAUGCUGAGAUAGUGGUGAAGGACAAUGGCAGAAGCUGUCCCCCCUGUCAUGAGGUUUGCAAGGGGCGAUGCUGGGGUCCUGGAUCAGAAGACUGCCAGACAUUGACCAAGACCAUCUGUGCUCCUCAGUGUAAUGGUCACUGCUUUGGGCCCAACCCCAACCAGUGCUGCCAUGAUGAGUGUGCCGGGGGCUGCUCAGGCCCUCAGGACACAGACUGCUUUGCCUGCCGGCACUUCAAUGACAGUGGAGCCUGUGUACCUCGCUGUCCACAGCCUCUUGUCUACAACAAGCUAACUUUCCAGCUGGAACCCAAUCCCCACACUAAGUAUCAGUAUGGAGGAGUUUGUGUAGCCAGCUGUCCCCAUAACUUUGUGGUGGAUCAAACAUCCUGUGUCAGGGCCUGUCCUCCUGACAAGAUGGAAGUAGAUAAAAAUGGGCUCAAGAUGUGUGAGCCUUGUGGGGGACUAUGUCCCAAAGCCUGUGAGGGGACAGGCUCUGGGAGCCGCUUCCAGACUGUGGACUCGAGCAACAUUGAUGGAUUUGUGAACUGCACCAAGAUCCUGGGCAACUUGGACUUUCUGAUCACCGGCCUCAAUGGAGACCCCUGGCACAAGAUCCCUGCCCUGGACCCAGAGAAGCUCAAUGUCUUCCGGACAGUACGGGAGAUCACAGGUUACCUGAACAUCCAGUCCUGGCCGCCCCACAUGCACAACUUCAGUGUUUUUUCCAAUUUGACAACCAUUGGAGGCAGAAGCCUCUACAACCGGGGCUUCUCAUUGUUGAUCAUGAAGAACUUGAAUGUCACAUCUCUGGGCUUCCGAUCCCUGAAGGAAAUUAGUGCUGGGCGUAUCUAUAUAAGUGCCAAUAGGCAGCUCUGCUACCACCACUCUUUGAACUGGACCAAGGUGCUUCGGGGGCCUACGGAAGAGCGACUAGACAUCAAGCAUAAUCGGCCGCGUAGAGACUGCGUGGCAGAGGGCAAAGUGUGUGACCCACUGUGCUCCUCUGGGGGAUGCUGGGGCCCAGGCCCUGGUCAGUGCUUGUCCUGUCGAAAUUACAGCCGAGGAGGUGUCUGUGUGACCCACUGCAACUUUCUGAAUGGGGAGCCUCGAGAAUUUGCUCAUGAGGCCGAAUGCUUCUCCUGCCACCCGGAAUGCCAACCCAUGGAGGGCACUGCCACAUGCAAUGGCUCGGGCUCUGAUACUUGUGCUCAAUGUGCCCAUUUUCGAGAUGGGCCCCACUGUGUGAGCAGCUGCCCCCAUGGAGUCCUAGGUGCCAAGGGCCCAAUCUACAAGUACCCAGAUGUUCAGAAUGAAUGUCGGCCCUGCCAUGAGAACUGCACCCAGGGGUGUAAAGGACCAGAGCUUCAAGACUGUUUAGGACAAACACUGGUGCUGAUCGGCAAAACCCAUCUGACAAUGGCUUUGACAGUGAUAGCAGGAUUGGUAGUGAUUUUCAUGAUGCUGGGCGGCACUUUUCUCUACUGGCGUGGGCGCCGGAUUCAGAAUAAAAGGGCUAUGAGGCGAUACUUGGAACGGGGUGAGAGCAUAGAGCCUCUGGACCCCAGUGAGAAGGCUAACAAAGUCUUGGCCAGAAUCUUCAAAGAGACAGAGCUAAGGAAGCUUAAAGUGCUUGGCUCGGGUGUCUUUGGAACUGUGCACAAAGGAGUGUGGAUCCCUGAGGGUGAAUCAAUCAAGAUUCCAGUCUGCAUUAAAGUCAUUGAGGACAAGAGUGGACGGCAGAGUUUUCAAGCUGUGACAGAUCAUAUGCUGGCCAUUGGCAGCCUGGACCAUGCCCACAUUGUAAGGCUGCUGGGACUAUGCCCAGGGUCAUCUCUGCAGCUUGUCACUCAAUAUUUGCCUCUGGGUUCUCUGCUGGAUCAUGUGAGACAACACCGGGGGGCACUGGGGCCACAGCUGCUGCUCAACUGGGGAGUACAAAUUGCCAAGGGAAUGUACUACCUUGAGGAACAUGGUAUGGUGCAUAGAAACCUGGCUGCCCGAAACGUGCUACUCAAGUCACCCAGUCAGGUUCAGGUGGCAGAUUUUGGUGUGGCUGACCUGCUGCCUCCUGAUGAUAAGCAGCUGCUAUACAGUGAGGCCAAGACUCCAAUUAAGUGGAUGGCCCUUGAGAGUAUCCACUUUGGGAAAUACACACACCAGAGUGAUGUCUGGAGCUAUGGUGUGACAGUUUGGGAGUUGAUGACCUUCGGGGCAGAGCCCUAUGCAGGGCUACGAUUGGCUGAAGUACCAGACCUGCUAGAGAAGGGGGAGCGGUUGGCACAGCCCCAGAUCUGCACAAUUGAUGUCUACAUGGUGAUGGUCAAGUGUUGGAUGAUUGAUGAGAACAUUCGCCCAACCUUUAAAGAACUAGCCAAUGAGUUCACCAGGAUGGCCCGAGACCCACCACGGUAUCUGGUCAUAAAGAGAGAGAGUGGGCCUGGAAUAGCCCCUGGGCCAGAGCCCCAUGGUCUGACAAACAAGAAGCUAGAGGAAGUAGAGCUGGAGCCAGAACUAGACCUAGACCUAGACUUGGAAGCAGAGGAGGACAACCUGGCAACCACCACACUGGGCUCUGCCCUCAGCCUGCCAGUUGGAACACUUAAUCGGCCACGUGGGAGCCAGAGCCUUUUAAGUCCAUCAUCUGGAUACAUGCCCAUGAACCAGGGUAAUCUUGGGGAGUCUUGCCAGGAGUCUGCAGUUUCUGGGAGCAGUGAACGGUGCCCCCGUCCAGUCUCUCUACACCCAAUGCCACGGGGAUGCCUGGCAUCAGAGUCAUCAGAGGAGCAUGUAACAGGCUCUGAGGCUGAGCUCCAGGAGAAAGUGUCAAUGUGUAGGAGCCGGAGCAGGAGCCGGAGCCCACGGCCACGCGGAGAUAGCGCCUACCAUUCCCAGCGCCACAGUCUGCUUACUCCUGUUACCCCACUCUCCCCACCAGGGUUAGAGGAAGAGGAUGUCAACGGUUAUGUCAUGCCAGAUACACACCUCAAAGGUACUCCCUCCUCCCGGGAAGGCACCCUUUCUUCAGUGGGUCUCAGUUCUGUCCUGGGUACUGAAGAAGAAGAUGAAGAUGAGGAGUAUGAAUACAUGAACCGGAGAAGGCACAGUCCACCUCAUCCCCCUAGGCCAAGUUCCCUUGAGGAGCUGGGUUAUGAGUACAUGGAUGUGGGGUCAGACCUCAGUGCCUCUCUGGGCAGCACACAGAGUUGCCCACUCCACCCUGUACCCAUCAUGCCCACUGCAGGCACAACUCCAGAUGAAGACUAUGAAUAUAUGAAUCGGCAACGAGAUGGAGGUGGUCCUGGGGGUGAUUAUGCAGCCAUGGGGGCCUGCCCAGCAUCUGAGCAAGGGUAUGAAGAGAUGAGAGCUUUUCAGGGGCCUGGACAUCAGGCCCCCCAUGUCCAUUAUGCCCGCCUAAAAACUCUACGUAGCUUAGAGGCUACAGACUCUGCCUUUGAUAAUCCUGAUUACUGGCAUAGCAGGCUUUUCCCCAAGGCUAAUGCCCAGAGAACGUAACUCCUGCUCCCUGUGGCACUCAGGGAGCAUUUAAUGGCAGCUAGUGCCUUUAGAGGGUACCGUCUUCUCCCUAUUCCCUCUCUCUCCCAGGUCCCAGCCCCUUUUCCCCAGUCCCAGACAAUUCCAUUCAAUCUUUGGAGGCUUUUAAACAUUUUGACACAAAAUUCUUAUGGUAUGUAGCCAGCUGUGCACUUUCUUCUCUUUCCCAACCCCAGGAAAGGUUUUCCUUAUUUUGUGUGCUUUCCCAGUCCCAUUCCUCAGCUUCUUCACAGGCACUCCUGGAGAUAUGAAGGAUUACUCUCCAUAUCCUUUCCUCUCAGGCUCUUGACUACUUGGAACUAGGCUCUUAUGUGUGCCUUUGUUUCCCGUCAGACUGUCAAGAAGAGGAAAGGGAGGAAACCUAGCAGAGGAAAGUGUAAUUUUGGUUUAUGACUCUUAACCCCCUAGAAAGACAGAAGCUUAAAAUCUGUGAAGAAAGAGGUUAGGAGUAGAUAUUGAUUACUAUCACAAUUCAGCACUUAACUAUGAGCCAGGCAUCAUACUAAACUUCACCUACAUUAUCUCACUUAGUCCUUUAUCAUCCUUAAAACAAUUGUGACAUACAUAUUAUCUCAUUUUACACAAAGGGAAGUCGGGCAUGGUAGCUCAUGCCUGUAAUCUCAGCACUUUGGGAGGCUGAGGUGGAAGGAUUACCUGAGGCAAGGAGUUUGAGACCAGCUUAGCCAACAUAGUAAGACCCCCAUCUCUUUAAAAAAAAAAAAAAAAAAAAAACUUUAGAACUGGGUGCAGUGGCUCAUGCCUGUAAUCCCAGCCAGCACUUUGGGAGGCUGAGAUGGGAAGAUCACUUGAGCCCAGGAUUAGAGACAAGCCUAUGGAAACAUAGCAAGACACCGUCUCUACAGGGGAAAAAAAAAAACAAAAACUGAGCCUUAAAGAGAUGAAAUAAAUUAAGCAGUAGGUCCAGGAUGCAAAAUCCUCCCAAUUCCUGUGCAUGUGCUCUUAUUGUAAGGUGCCAAGAAAAACUGAUUUAAGUUACAGCCCUUGUUUAAGGGGCACUGUUUCUUGUUUUUGCACUGAAUCAAGUCUAACCCCAACAGCCACAUCCUCCUAUACCUAGACAUCUCAUCUCAGGAAGUGGUGGUGGGGGUAGUCAGAAGGAAAAAUAACUGGACAUCUUUGUGUAAACCAUAAUCCACAUGUGCCGUAAAUGAUCUUCACUCCUUAUCCGAGGGCAAAUUCACAAGGAUCCCCAAGAUCCACUUUUAGAAGCCAUUCUCAUCCAGCAGUGAGAAGCUUCCAGGUAGGACAGAAAGAAGAUCCAGCUUCAGCUGCACACCUCUGUCCCCUUGGAUGGGGAACUGAGAGAAAACGUCUGUUGUAUCACUGAAGUUUUUUGUUUUGUUUUUAUACGUGUCUGAAUAAAAAUGCCAAAGUUUUUUUUCA